AACUGUAGCAUGCGAGGACUUGCAAGCUUACGGGAAGGGGAUGGAAAGACAACACAGCACAAGACCAUUGCUGACUGAGAGGGCAUUUUGUCUGAGAUGGGAUGCUGAGCCAGACCAUCCAUUGAAAGAUGGGAUUUCCUCUGCAAGAAGGGGAUGGAACUGUUCACUGAAGAAAUUUACCUUCAUUUCUCUCUGUUUAAUGGUUUUUCUUUGUUGUUUUUUUUAUCGUUUGUAUAUCUCCAAGAUGUCAAAAUGGACAACAGUAACGGAGCUAUUUGUUACACCAUACGAAGAGAUGACAGUAGAGGAUGUAAUGUCCUCUUUACGGGGGAAUUUCCCAACAGCCACCAACUUCACCUCUUUCCAGAGCUCUUCCAGUGCCGGACACAGUGUGGCCAGACUGGAGCAGCCCAGGGCCCAGUUCUGUGUGGGAGACACACUGAAUGUGCUGGUGGAGAUGAGAGACUAUAGGGGACAACCAAAGGCCUAUGGAGGAGACUUCAUUCUGGCCCGGAUCCACUCUCCCAAACUACAGGCUUCUGCAUCAGGAGAUGUCACUGACUUCCGCAAUGGCUCCUACCGUGUGCAUUUCACCUUGUUCUGGCCUGGGGAGGUGCAGGUCUCUGUGCUUCUGAUCCACCCCUCUGAGGUAGUCCAAGUCCUCUGGAGAACCGGGAAGCAGAACUACAAUAAGAUUGCAUACACAGCAACCUUUGUCAAUGGGAGCAAAACGGAAAAAUCUACAUGUAGCCUCCGACUGAACAAAAAAGCCCCUCUGUGUGAAUACAAAGACGAGGAGGAAGGGGAAUAUUUUGCUUGUGUACAACCCCCAACCCUGCCCUGCAGCUCCUUGAACACCAUAUCCUCCUACAACACCCCAGGACCUGUUCUGUCAAAGGAGGAGACUCGGCUACUAGCCAAGACAAAUGUUGGAUUACAAGUAAAACACAACAUUAGCCCUGUGCGGGUCAUCAAUUGUUCUGCUGCAGCCCACAGACCAUCUGAAAAGUGUGUGCCAGGCAUGAAGUCCCCUUUUCCUAGUGGCUAUUUCUUUGCAAACAGAUGGUUUUCCUCCUUCUGUCAGAUAGGCCCCUUCCUUAGUGAAGAUGCCAUUAACCGCUGUCUGACAGGAAGGAGACUGCAUGUCAGAGGUGACUCUACAGCAUGGCAGUGGGUCAGCUAUUUGGGAGAAAUGCUAGGUCUGACAUUAAAAAAAUCAUCCAUUACUUGGAUGCCUUUUCUGGCUUUUGAUGACCAUAGGAACAUCACUAUUCAAUGGAAAAAACAUAAUCCCCCUUGGAUCACUGGCCACCACAUCAGCACGAAGGAGUUUGUGUACAUUUCCAGAGAUCUGGACAGUUUAGUUGUUGGCGAGGCCAGUCAGGAUGCAGUAGUCAUUGGAAUAGGACAGCACUUCCGGGCCUUCCCCCUGGAGUUCUUCAUCCACAGGCUCCUCAAUAUCCGUCGAGCGAUCUUACGACUGCAGGCCCGCAGCCCUCAAACCCAGGUCUUCAUCAAGCUGGAGAACAACAGGGAGUUCAGCUCAGUGAUUCUGCGUCUGAGUGACUGGUACGGCCACAUGCAGAACCUGGCGCAGAGGAAGGUGUUUGGGGACCUGAAGGUGGGGCUGGUAGAUGCCUGGGACAUGUCAGUAGCUGCAAAUACCUUUUCCAUCCAUCCUAACAAGAUUGUUGUCUCUAACGAAGUGGCUGUCGCACUGUCAUACCUCUGUCAUAAUCUGUAG